AGAACGAAGUACACAAAUCCCGGUGAAUGCUGAUGAUGGGAACGCACCCUUGUACCAGACCUUGGAAUCUUAUAUGGGAGAGCCAUUGCCUACCCCUGAAAAUUAUCCUGUCAAUAACACCGGAUUGCAGGGUAAUGAUUUUGCCUAUAACUGUGGGAGUUUAUCUGUCGAACAAAAGGAGCUUUUUGAAGUAACUCGGAACAGCCUUGAGGUGCUCUCUAGCAUCUUGAGUACGGGAACGGAGCCAAAACCCCAAAGGAUGAGCUGACGGAGAGCAUGCUGGAGAAAUGCAAGCAGUCACAGCUAGCUAUUCAGAUGAUAUAGAAAGCACUACAGACGAUGAUGGAAUCCUCUUUGAGGCUCUGAAUUUGAAUGAUGAACUUCAACAAGUCAUCUCCAAAUUCGAGGUGCUGGAAACUGGUUCGAAAGCCGACACCACUGCCGUUAUUCCCACUGCUCCUGCCGAGACCGAUAUAGAAAGUGUGGUGAGUGCUUCACCAUCAAACCAUGAUGAAACCAUCGCUUCCCUGCUCACCCAUAAUGAAACCCAGAUGAAUGCUUCCCAGAAAGCAGGUGGUAUCGAAUCCGACAGUGAUACGAAAUAUCGAACGAGAACCGAGGAAUCUGAGAGGGUUUGCUAAUGUUCAUUUCCAUGACUUGUGAUGCAGUGCUGGAUAACUUUAUGGUUGACUUGCUGUAGUUAGGGAAUAAAAUUAUGUAGUCCGGACACGGUGAUUAGUUUAUCGGUUGUGUAAUUAUAUUUUAUUUGCUAAAUUAGAACCGUU